AUUUUAGUAUGUCAGUAAGUCUUGUGGCAAUGAAAAUAAUAAUUUUGAUUCUUUUUGCCACGUUAAUUAAGUGUGCAGUCAGUGAAUUUUUCUCAUCAACUGAUGAGCUGAGAAAUUUAGUGAAAAAUGAUCAAAAGCUUUUAAGUUCAUUGAAGGAAUUAUCAAAAGAGUUAGAGAGAACCAACUUAUAUGUCAAAAAAAUAUUAAACAACAUUAAAGAUGAGCACAUAUUAAUGACAAAAGAUGUCGACAGCUACAUAUUCAAUCCACUUAAUGCAUUCUCUUUAAUCAAACGAUUAACACAUGAUGUUGAUUCUAUCCAACAGAGCUUGGAGUUUACGAAAAAAAUUACAGCGAAACUAGAAGAAAUUAAACUUCCAGAAAGUGAACUUAGUGGUGCUGUGGAAGGAAUAUAUCGCUUACAGAAUGCUUAUGAACUAAAAACCGAAGAUUUUGUCAGAGGAAUAAUUCAAAAUAAACGGUACAGACGGGAAUUAUUACCUUCAGAUUUGAUUGUACUUGCUAAAGAGAUGAGAAAAUUUGAUGCAAAAUACACUAAUGAUUACUUUAAAGUAGCAAAAGAAUUAAGUUUGAAAUAUGAUCAACAUACUAGACUUAGCUUUUUGGAAGAGCUUUUCGAAAUUUAUAAUUCAACAUCUAAAUAUGAUGAAGCAGUUGAUGUGCUUGAUGAAAUUCUCAAAAUUAAUCCAUCAUUUCCAAAAUAUGAAGAAACGAGGAUGAAUAUUGAGCUUUUAUCACUGUUUAAUAACCAAAAUGAUCAAAUGGAGGCAAUUGAAGAUCCAUACUUACUUGAAGGAUCACAUUACACAAACCCAAAAGAAGGCAUGAUAUACAGUAAAGCAUGCAGACAAGAAUUAAAAAAAUCAAUCCAUGAAACAUCACAGCUUCACUGCCGUUAUAUCUCAAAAACAUUCUUUACUAAAAUUGCACCAUUUAAGUUUGUUGAAGCAAAUUUAGAUCCAUACAUUGGCAUUUACCUUGAUGUAAUUUCUGAAAAGGAAAUUGAGUCACUAAAGACUUUAGCACGCGAAAAUUUACAUAGAGCUGAAGUUUUAGGCUUUAAUAAGACUACAAGAGUUUCAAGAGUACGAGUCGCACAGUUGAGCUGGCCUGAUGAGUGGAAGCACACAAUUUUCCAAACACUCAAUAAUAGGGUCAAUGACAUGACUGGAUUAAACAUGAAGACAUCAGAAAGAUGGCAAAUUCAAAAUUAUGGCAUCGGAGGAUUUUACGGAGCCCAUCACGAUUAUGCUGACGUUGGUCAAAUAUUUGGAGGUGACACUGGAAAUAGGAUAGCAACUACAUUGCUUUAUCUUUCAGACGUUGAAAAGGGUGGUGGAACUGUUUUUCCGCUGCUUCGUAUUUAUGUACCUCCAGUUAAAGGCACUGCUGUAUUUUGGUAUAACUUGAGUUCUUCUGGUGAUCGAGGUACUCUUUAUUUGAAGUCUGUUGAAUUUAUAGAAUGUCUGAUUUGUCUUUUGAUUUUAGAAUAUUUAACACGUCAUGCAGCAUGUCCUGUGUUGAUUGGUAGCAAAUGGGUUGCAAAUAAAUGGUAUGUUAUAUCCUCACAAAGAAUAAAAAUAUAAUCUAAUUAAUCAAUUUAGGAUUCGAGAAUAUGGACAGGAAUCUGCAAGACCUUGUGAUUUAACACCGAAGCUCACAGACGAGAAAUAUUUCUUAAGGCUUUAUGACUUAAAGGACUAUGGAAUUGAUGCUUAAAAUUUUGAUGUUUUGUUUACUUCCUGAUUUAAUGCAAUUGUUCUUCCGAUAAGAGAUAUCGUUUUGUAAUUAUGCUGUAUUUUUAUGAGUACUAUGAGUGAGGAUAAAAAUAUUAGAAUUGCCACUAAUAAACCUGUGAAUAAUAAUAAUCUUUAAUUAACACAAUUUUGUUUUUUGGACAUGGAAGUUGUUCACUUAUUAGCCAGAACUCGAAAUUGACUUCAAGAUUUGCUUAUUAUGAUAUGCAGCUUUAGUUUUUCUUUAGACCAUACUAGCUAUGAACCAGACGUAAUAAAUGAACAUCCUCAAGUUACACAUACCAGUAUCAAAGACUACAAAAAGCUUUUCAGCUGUUUCCGAAUCAUGACUGCACAUAUCAAAACUUCCGACCAUGCACCUUCCAAACUCCAUUAAAAAAUAGAUGAAACAAGUGAUAAGAAGUUGAACAUUUGAUUGAAUUACUCCAAUUAUCAUUAAAGCACCAAAGAAUGCUAUAGCAAUGUUCAAAAUCACAGUAAUUGUCAAAUUGAAGUUUGUAAACUCUUCGAAGUAUUUAAUCACAAAAGUCACUGAAUAGAUUAUUUCUAGAAUUGAAAGGAAGCUUAAAAUUAUGCAUCCUAAGGCAAGAAACCCCUUAAGACUACACAUUUCGUUGAAAUUUUG